UCCUUGAGAAUCCAGUUAUUACAGUAAGAGUAUGUGAUAUGUCUCAUACGUUAUCCAGCUACUACGUUUCUCCUCAACGUGUUACUUUUACUUAUUCCACAAGAAACAAAGACUUUGACUUUUAGGUUUCUCGUUCUCGUGAUCUUCACGAAGGUGAAGCUUCCCUUCUUAUAGGGAAUCAUCAUUAACUCUUAGCACAUUAAUUAGGAGUUUUCCACAUUCGUAUUUAUAUGCAAGCAUUCAUAGAUGUGAAGGGGCGUAGUUUUUAUUUAUACGUACCUUUCGAAAUAUAUCCAAAAACUGCAAGAAAGCUCUUCCCAUGGCGGAUUCAAGCCUUUCUCUCCCUCCUCUUUGCGAAAGGAUCUCGUACGCCAACUAUUUUCUAAGAGCUGUGUAUCUAACGAUUCUCGGCCUUUUCUUUUCUCUUCUCUCGCACCGAAUCCGACAUAUGAGCGAAUACGACACCGUUUGGCGCGUUGCUUUCUUUUGUGAAACUUGUUUCUCAUUGGUAUGUCUGCUUAUUACCUGCCUAAAAUGGAGUCCUGCUGAUACUAAACCCUUUCCAGAUAGACUUGAUGAAAGGGUUCAUGACCUUCCUUCCGUGGAUAUGUUUGUGCCCACGGCGGAUCCUGUUCGAGAGCCACCGAUUAUGGUUGUGGACACCGUGCUUUCGCUGUUAGCUGUAAAUUAUCCAGCGAAUAGACUAGCUUGCUAUGUGUCGGACGAUGGUUGCUCACCUCUUACUUACUUCUCUCUCAAGGAAGCUUCUAAGUUCGCUAAGAUUUGGGUACCUUUCUGCAAGAAGUACAACAUCAGAGUUAGAGCUCCUUUUAGAUAUUUUUUGAACCCGAUAAGCGACGUAACAGAGGGUUCUGAAUUCAGUAAAGACUGGGAAACGACGAAGCUUUUCAUCUUAUAUAUUGAGGUUUUCUUGAUCUUAAACAUAAAGAGGGAGUACCAGAAGUUGAGCCGGAAAGUGGAAGAUGCCACCGGAGAUUCCCAUUUGUUGGAUGUAGAAGAUGAUUUUGAAGCAUUCUCAAACACAAAAUCAAAUGAUCAUUCAACUAUAGUUAAGGUGGUAUGGGAGAACAAGGGAGGUGUAGGAGACGAGAAAGAGGUCCCUCAUAUUGUAUACAUUUCAAGAGAGAAAAGACCAAAUUAUCUUCAUCAUCAAAAAUGUGGAGCCAUGAACUUUCUGGCAAGAGUGUCAGGGUUGAUGACAAACGCACCAUAUAUCUUGAACGUGGACUGCGACAUGUAUGCCAAUGAUGCAGAUGUGGUGCGACAAGCAAUAUGUAUAUUUCUGGAAAAAUCACUGAAUCCAAAACAUUGUGCUUUUGUUCAAUUCCUUCAAGAGUUCUAUGAUUCUAACACCAGCCAAAUCGUCGUCCUACAAUCAUAUUUGGGACGAGGAAUUGCGGGAAUCCAAGGACCGAUAUAUAUAGGCUCAGGAUGCGUCCACACUAGAAGAGUUAUGUACGGUUUAUCUCCAGACGAUUUAGAAGGCGAUGGAAGUCUUUCUUUAGUUGCUACAAGGGAGUUUUUGGUUGAGGAUAGUUUAGCGAGAAGAUUUGGUAAUUCUAAAGAGAUGGUGAAAUCAGUGGUUGGUGCAAUACAAAGAAAUCCAAAUCCACAAAAUAUACUUACAAACUCCAUAGAAGCGGCUCAAGAAGUUGGGCAUUGUCACUACGAGUACCAAACCAGCUGGGGAAACACUAUCGGUUGGUUAUAUGAUUCAGUGGCGGAAGAUUUGAACACGAGUAUCGGAAUACAUUCGAGAGGUUGGACUAGCUCAUACAUUUCUCCGGAUACACCUGCAUUUCUUGGAUCUAUGCCGCAAGGAGUACCCGAGGCGUUGCUCCAGCAACGUCGAUGGGCGACUGGAUGGAUCGAAAUCCUUUUCAACAAACAAAGUCCGUUGCGGGGAAUGUUUUGCAAGAAAAUAAGAUUCCGACAGCGAUUAGCUUAUCUUUGCAUUAUCACUUCUCUAAGGUCAAUCCCUGAGCUUAUUUAUUGUCUACUUCCUGCUUAUUGCCUACUCCACAACUCUGCCUUGUUUCCCAAGGGAACUUAUCUAGGCAUAACAAUCACACUUGUUGGGAUGCAUUGUCUCUAUACUCUAUGGGAAUUUGUGAACCUUGGUUAUUCCGUACAAUCGUGGCUAGUCUCCCAAUCAGUUUGGAGAAUAGUAGCCACUAGUAGUUGGUUAUUUAGCAUCUUUGAUAUCACUCUUAAGCUUCUUGGCAUCUCGGAAACAGUGUUCAUAAUCACUAAAAAGACUGUGCCUGCUGGACCAUCUGAAGGAGAAGACGAUGGUCCAAACUCAGACUCAAGUAAAUUUGAAUUUGAUGGCUCACUUCAUUUCUUGCCUGGCACAUUUAUUGUGUUGGUGAAUCUAGCCGCUCUAGCUGUUUUUACUGUGGGUCUACAACGGUCGAGUUACAGCCACGGAAGAGGUAGUUCGGGUAUGGCAGAGGCUUGUGUAUGUGUUUUGGUAAUGAUGUUGUUCUUUCCAUUUCUAAAGGGUUUGUUUGAAAAAGGAAAAUAUGGAAUCCCAUUGUCUACUCUCUCUAAAGCUGGCUUUUUAGCAGUUUUAUUUGUUGUUUUCUCUGUUUAAAAGUGAUAUGGGUUUGUUGUUUUCCAACGCUAAGUUUAUCAUGAUUGUCUCAAUUG